AUGUCUGCCCCACUACCCAAGCGGAUCAUCAAAGAGACGGAGAGACUCCAGAACGAACCGGUGCCUGGAAUCUCAGCUGUACCACACGACGACAAUGUGCGAUACUUUGAUGUGAUAGUGGAAGGGCCUGGCGGGAGCUGCUACGAAGGCGGCGUCUUCCAGCUGGAACUCUUCCUCCCCGAUGACUACCCCAUGUGUCCGCCUAGGAUACGCUUUCUCACCCGCAUCUAUCACCCCAACAUCGAUCGUCUCGGCCGCAUCUGUCUAGAUGUUCUCAAGAACAACUGGUCGCCGGCUCUGCAGAUACGCACGAUUCUGCUCAGUAUACAAGCACUCCUGGGUGCCCCCAACCCGGAGGAUCCCCUGAAUGAGGCAGUGGCGAAGCAGUGGAAGGAGAAUCAGCCUGAGGCUAUCAAGACGGCAAGAGAGUGGACGACACUCUACGCGCAGAAGAAAUGA